CCCGCCGAGACUGAAUGCUACGCUCAUAAAGCAACCGUGCGCUGGAGCAUUUGCUGAACGCUACUCGGCCUUCCCUUCACUCAAUUUUGGACUUCGAUUCAUUCGUUAUUUUUUACACAUCAGAUAACAAUGAUGUCAGUACAAACUGGAAUAUUGACAUUUAACUUUUCAUGAAUAAUGCCCCUUUGGAACCAGUAAGAUAGACGAAUACAAGAUAAAGUGAGUUUAUCUUGAGAGACAUGGCCCUCCCUGCCACAUUCAGGAAGCUAGUAGCUACCAAACUGUCACAACACUUCAAGGAUGCAGUGACUUUGCAGACUGUUCCCAUGCUUAAACCAGGACCCAAGGAUAUCUUGGUUCGCAACAGAUUUGUUGGGAUAAAUGCAAGUGACAUCAACAAAACAGCUGGCCGAUACAGCUUACACGAUAAGCCUCCUUUUGAAAUUGGAUUUGAGUCUGUUGGCGAAGUUGUUGAUUUCGGUAGUGAAGUGAAAAAUGUCAAGAUUGGUCAAGGUGUGUGCUUCAUGCAUAAUGGAGCUUUUUCUGAAUAUCAGGUUCUUCCAGCUAAGAUGGCCAGUCCAAUCCCAUCCAUUCAACCUGAGUACACAGCAUUGUUGAUAAGUGGCAUGACAGCAGAUAUCAGUCUGAGGGAGGUGGGAAGGAUUAAGCGAGGAGAAACAGUGCUUGUGACAGCUGCUGCUGGAGGUACCGGGCAGUUUGCGGUUCAGUUUGCUAAACAAGCUGGAUGCCAUGUGAUAGGAACAUGCUCAUCCGAUGCCAAAGCUGAAUUCCUGAAGAGUCUUGGCUGUGACAGGCCUAUCAAUUACAAGUCAGAAAACUUGGCAGAUGUUCUGAAGAAAGAAUACCCUGCAGGGGUUGAUGUAGUCUAUGAGUGUGUUGGUGGAGAUAUAUUUCAUACUUGCCUUCGCAGUUUGGCGCCAAAAGGACGUCUUAUCACCAUUGGCUUUAUCUCUGGAUACAAGGAAGACGCCGUUGCAGCACCAACAAUUCAUCCAAAAGAAAUGCUUGGGCUCCUAUCGAAGUCGGCCAGCAUAAAUGGUUUCCUUAUGCAUUCUUACACUGACCAAUGGCUGGCAUCAUUCGUCAGACAAGCUGAUCUCUUAGCCAAGGGGUCACUCAAAGUAGGAGUUGAUCUUGGUAAGAACAGCGACAAAGGACCCUUCAAGGGAGUAGAGGGAGUUAUGGAUGCCAUUGAUUAUCUGUAUAGUGGCAAAAAUAAGGGCAAGGUUGUCGUGGAGAUGCCAUGAUCCCCUUCCAGCUGCUGGACUGUAAUUGGACAUUCACUGAAAUCAAAGGCUUCCAAUUGGUCAAUCUCUAACACUAAAGGGCUCUGGUUGGCUAGUCAGAGAAAUUUAAGACUUUCAAUUGGUCAGUCUCAAGCACUGAAGAAUUUGGACUGGCUAGUGAAGGAAAGUUUUUCAAUUAGGUCAGGCAGCACUAUUGAUGAUUGGCUAGUUAGUGAAAUUAUAUACGGACUUCUAAUGGACCAAUUGUGCCCAAUGAGUCACGUGACCUAGAGUAUCAAACAUCAAAAUGGGAUCCCCUCAUAAGUGUGACAUGAGUGUCGUUUACCAAAAAUAAGCAGUUGAUCUGUAAGGUACUCCAACUACGGGUGUACUGAGCGCUAUAUCGAAACUCGGCUUUGAUGUUACAUUUAUACAUGUAAUUGUGUACAGUAUAUGCAAAACCCUUUGCACUGAAAUUGACCAGCAUUUGGUUUGCAAAAGUAACAUUUAUCUAUGGAGCUGACCUGGGUGACUCUGGUCACUUGACCCAAAUACCUUUAAAAGACAAAUCUCAUUUUAAAAGUCAGUUCUACAUGGUAAGUUUAUGUACAAAUAAAUACUACACGAAAUAGCCACUUAAUUCGCCACGUCAGCUGCAGCUUCAGAGUAGGACAUAGGAAUCGCAGUCUUUGGAUAAGCUAAAUGGCAUAAUGUUCUUAAUUUUCUAUCCCUUUCAGUGAUUAUAGAUGGAUGUCUUGGCGAUUAAUUUAUAAGACUAUACUGGUACUAAUAGAAAAAGGAAUAGCAUAUGGCUCAGAAAAUGUGGUAGGCCUACACAUUGACCUUUUCUAUGAAAUUAUGACAACAGGAUGAAGUAGGAUGAUUAUAGACGAUGAGUCAUAUUGCGUGACGUUGUGGGAAAAUGCCGACUGGCCCACCAGGAGGUCCUAAAGUAAUCAAGGGGCAGAAAGCGAUAAUCCUGGACAUACAAUGGACAAUGCCUGGUGGCAUGUGCCACCAGGUAAUGAUAAAGAUAAUCCUUUUAUUAACGGCCUGUACGUGGCGCCGGGUGCAAAUGGGAAUAAUCUUUCGGACAAAUUUUUGUACUUCCAAGGUACUUCGGAGUGAGCGAUGGUUGACUUAAUCCUUGGACACUAAACGAGAGAGGGCGGGCACAUGCUAACGGUCCUGCGGUAGGUUACAACACUGAGAUCUAAUCAUACAGGGACACAGAAGGAGUUUGAACUGCCGGGGCUCUAACAUCUGGCCAAUUACCGCUUUUUGGCGUGCCUGGUAUGUCCAUAGCCAGAGCGCAGCAAACACUUGCUACGUACCAUCAUCUGUUUCACAACCCCGAAAGCCCUUUGUACCCUAUGAUCGCCGCCGCAAUUUGUCAAUGGUAAUCUGCAUCCUAAACACUGUAAAACUUCGUGUACUGAGGCAUAAGACUUUGAAUAUUCAUGCCAAUUGUUGGUGCUUGAUGUGAUCUCACAACAACAUCAUUGCUUGCGCAGUUGCUUGCAUUACGCUGUGUGCCCUAAAUCUAUAAUAUGUGCCUGCAGUCA